UCCCUCCCUCCCGUGCCUUUUCCCUCCUCCCACGCCGCGCUGCAUCCCGCGGGCGGUGCGGGGAGCGCGGGGCGGCGGCGAUGGGCGGCGGGGCGCGGGAGCUGUGCGGGUACCUGGCGGCGCUGGCCGGGUGGGUGUCGGCGCUGGCGGCCGCGGUGCUGCCGCAGUGGCGGCAGAGCUCGUACGCCGGGGACGCCAUCAUCACGGCCGUGGGGCUCCACGAGGGGCUGUGGAUGAGCUGCGCCGCCCAGAGCACCGGGCAGGUCCAGUGCCGCCUGCACGACUCGCUGCUCUCCCUCGACGUUCACAUCCAGACCUCCCGGGCUCUCAUGGUCAUUUCUCUCCUCCUGGGCUUCUUCGGCAUCAUCGUGAGCGUGGUGGGCAUGAAAUGCACUAAAGUUGGGGAGGAGGAUCCUGUCACCAAAAGCCGCAUAGCUGUCGCUGGAGGUGUCCUCUUCAUCCUCUCUGGUCUGUGCUCGCUGGCUGCCGUGUCCUUGUACGCAACACAGGUGACCUACGAGUUCUUCAGAGAGAGCGCCGUGCCCAUCAACGCCAGGUACGAGUUUGGCUCUGCUCUCUUCGUUGGCUGGGGGGCCGCUGGCCUCUCCAUGCUGGGGGGGUCCCUGCUGUGCUGCUCCUGCCCUGCCAAGGAGCGCCGAGCGCAGCAGUACCACCGGCAGUCGCAGCCCUCCACGGCCCGGGAGUACGUCUGAGCCCUCACCCCGCCCUCCCACCGCCUGGUGCCUCCCUCCCCUCCCAAAAACGGGCAAGACCCCGGUGCUCCCACCCCACCUGGUCCCCUGAAUGCUCCACGAGACCUUUCUCCUCCUCGUCUUCCAGGUUUCAGCACCAUUUGCGGUGCCAGCCUCUAAAAUAGGGGGUUUGAGGGUCACAGCUCCCGUAUCCAUCAGUGCCACGGUCCCCUCGGGUGGGCAGGGUGGCACCCCCAGUCCCCUGGGGUUGCUGGGCCGUGUCCACCUGUCACAGGGAUGCUGCAGGGGCAAUGGGGGGAGGUUGAUGCCAGUGCCACAGGGGCACAAAGCCGAUCCCACGGGGAUGUGCUGCACAGAAGCACUUUGUGCCAUGACCACCCCUCUCCCACAGCCUGUUUUGGGGAGCGAGUGGGGAGCGAAGCCAGUGCUUGGUUUUCCUGAGAUGAGGUUUUCACACCUACCAGCCCCAGCCCCACUCAGGGCUCGAGCAUUCCCAUGCCCUGCUCUUGGCAGAGGGAUCCAGUGCACGGCAUUCCUCCGCCUCAUUGCUACCUAAACCAAAGGUUUUUAAAAAUUAUUAUUAAUUAUUACUAAUUCCUGCCUGGAGCUCAGUUGCUCCAGCUGAGCUCUGCCAGACAAGAAAAACUGCCCUGGGCUGGUUCCUUCCUAGGACCAGGCUGUGCCUUGUUCAACAGAAGAAUAAAUGGGUUUGGGCAAAUUAAAGCAGCAAAAAUAAGGGGGCUCUGAGCACAGAGGAGGGUUUGUUUUUAUUUUUGGUGCCCAACUCAACUAUUUCAAGUGGCAGAUGGACAGAGCCCCAAAUUUUGGUGCCUCCCUGCUGGGUCCAAAUCCCCCUUCCCGAACAGGACCCCCUGGAGCAGGCGGUGAAGGCUCCAAACCCAACCUGCUAAUUGCCUCCUCAGACCUCCACACCACUGCUGCUAAUUGCUCUGCAACUGCCAAAGCUCCAAUUUGUCUGUAAAUCCCCCCAAACCCCCCAUACCCCAUCCCUCCAGCCCUACUGCAUUUGUGGCACCAGCCAACCCACAGGGAAAGACACUGGAAAUAAUCCAAACACCUUGGUUAUCUAUUUUUUAUUAUUUUAGUUUUUAACCCCAAUUAGACGAAAUAGCUGAUUUUUAAAAAAUUUUCUUUUGCUCUGUUUUGUUUUGUUUUCCUCAAUCUUCUUUUAUUUUGCUCUGUUUUAUUUUAUUUUACACUAUAUUCUUUUAUUUGACUCUAUUUUAUUUUCCCUUCCUCUGUUUUAUUUUGCUGUAUUUUAUUUCACUCUAUUUUUCUCCAUUAUGUUUUCUUUCCUUCUAUUUUAUUUCCUUUCCCUCUGUUGACCUGCUCUGGAUCCCAGGCUGUGCUGGAGGAGAAGCAAUGCUAUUUUUCUUUCCCUUCCCCCUGCACUACCUGCCCCUUUCUCUUUAAACUGCAAAAAUUAAAACUGUGUCCUGCACCCCCUCAGGGAGAAAGCAGUGCUUGUAGGUUGGCUUCACCCAUCAGGUUUGAGAAGGAACCUUGUGCUUUAAAACCCACCCAAAAAAAUAGACCAAAAAGGCCUUUUUAUAUCGCAGUGUUGUGUAAAGAAUGUUUUUAUUCUUUUAAUAUAAAAUUCCAUUAAUUUUUCUACGGGAUGGGUGGGGGAUUUUUAAAUGCCUUUUUUUUUUUCCUGUUUGU